CUGGGGCUUCCAGCAUUGCAUCGUCUAGCCGCCAACUGGAGGAACGCGUUGACCACGUAGUGGCAAUGCUCGGCGACAUCAGCACCUUCGCUGCGCCGACCACCAUCAGCAGUCAGCUGCAUACCUUGAAGACCGAGUUCCAGCCGCUGCAGUCGACGAACACGGAUGGAAAUCCUAAGUUGUACAAGAUGCCAACUUUCCAACUGGAGAAGUUUGACGACUACAUGCAGCAGGAUCCGGUCCUCUGGUGGGAAGCAUUCACGACGCAACUUCGGAUUCUGCCUGUCGCUAAGCAUGCGUACAUCGGCGCCCUGUUCAUGAACUCAAAGGGCGGAUGCCAGAUCUGGUUCACCCACCUGGCAACCUCUCACAACGUCGACGUACCAGACUUGAAGGACAAGAUCACAUGGGAGGAACUGACAUGGCUGUGGAAGAAACGGUUCAUCGUCGACGACGCACCGACACUCGCCAUCAACCGUCUGUUCACCAUGUCACAGGGCAACACUGCAACACGGGAUUGGCUCACGGAGUGGCAGAAGAUUGCAGCGGUGCCCAAUCUGGACUUGCCAUUCACGCAUUUACGCUGUGAGUUAUACAACAGGUCCUGUGCUGCAUUGAGCCAGGCUCUUGGUGAUCGCGAGCAGUACUCCACCUUCACCGAAAUCAGCGACAAGGCGAGGGAAAUCAUCAAGACCAACAGCAACAACAAGUCCAACAAGUCCCGCAAUAAUGGGAAGGCGAAACCAGCAUCGCAGGCCGGAAAUGGACAGCCUCCAUGGGUCAAGUUCGACUUGACCGAGGUGGAGUACAAGGUCCGCGGCCGCUACGGCAGCUGCUAUUGGUGCAACAACACCAAGCACAAGACCUCCCUGUGCCAGGAUCAGUGCAAGGAGGAUGUGAGUUCCGCGGAAGUACCAGCUCCGUUGAUGGACGCCGGAGUAGAGGUUGUCGACCUUCACGCUUACAUUGCGAAGAUCGACCGCGAGUUCAAGAAGCAACGGUACGACGACAUCGACGCACCAUUGCUAUAUGUACGCAUUCAGAUCGGAGAGGCGACGUGCAACGCCUUGAUUGAUUGCGGAGCAUCUCGCAACUACAUCAGCCAGGACUUCAUGGUACGCGCCGGCCUUGGCCCACGUGUCCGGAGGAAGUCCAAGCCUACGCAAGUCACUUUGGCAGACGGUCAUACGCACAAGUCCAUCGACCGGUGCAUUGAUGCCGUCCCCGUGUACUUUGCCCCUCACGCAAGUGAGGCGGUGUCCUUUGAUAUUCUGGACACCAAAUUCGACAUGAUCUUGGGCAUGUCAUGGAUGCGAAGCGAGGAUCACCCGGUGAACUUCUUCCACCGCACCGUUCACAUUCGUGAUCGGAACGGAGUAUUAGUUCCAUGCACGGUACCUCUUCCUCAUCCUUCGAUCAGCUGCCACGUGGUAUCUGCCGCAAGCAUGCGAGCUUCCAUCAUCAGAGACGACAUCGAGGAGAUGGGGGUGUGUUUUUUCCACGCCCUCCCGCCCCAUGACGCUUCAUCGACGGACUCACCUUCGGAUCCACGCAUCACCAAGCUUCUCGACGUCUACAGCGACGUGUUCGAAGGCCCCCACGGAGUAGUACCGGAUUGACCCAUCCGCCACGAGAUCAUCCUCGAGGACGGGGCUGUAGCUCCGCGCGGUUGCAUCUACCGAA